AUGGCACUACCUGGAGCAAGACGCCUUCUUGGCCUCGGCUCAAGAGCUGCUGCUGGCGGCCUCCUGAGGGCCCCCCUGUCUUCUGUGGCAGUCCCGAGGGCCCUCUGUGUUCCUGCAGCAGCAGCAGCAAGUGGAGCUGCUGCAGCAGCAACAGCAGCAGCAACACCGAAGAGAAGCUUCGCCACCAUACCGCAGCCGACUUGUCUCGUGGGCACCACCGCGCCAGACUUCACCCUUGACGCCUACAUGCCCUCAGGGAAGGUGGAGAAGCUGUGUCUGUCGGAGCUGCUGCAGCAGCACAUCGGAGUUUGUUUGCUGUUUUACCCUCUGGACUUCACUUACGUUUGCCCCACAGAGCUGCUGGCCUACAACAGCAAAGUGCAGGAGUUCAAAGACCUCGGAUGGGCCCUGGUGGGGAUAUCGGUGGACAGCGUGCACAGCCACAAGGCCUGGUGCGAGCUGCCAGCAGCAGCAGGAGGCCUCGGGGGCCUCCAAUUCCCCCUUGCUUCGGACUUCAUGAGAGAAGUUGCUGCUGCUUACGGGCUGCUAAGUGCUGCUGGCUUCGCGCUGCGGGGCUGCGCGCUUGUGGGGCCCCACAGGCUGCUGCGGCUGCUGGCAGCAGCAGACACGCAGCUCGGCCGCAGCCCCCAGGAAACUCUCCGUGCUGCAGCAAUGAUUUCCCACUUGCAUGCAGCAGCAAACCAAAACAAAGUCUGUCCAGCUUGCUGGCAGCAGGGGCAGCCCGCCAUGGAGGCCACCAAGGAGGCGGUCGCCAAACACCUGCAGCAAAUGAAGGCAGAGGCCAGCAGCAGCAGCAGCAGCAGCUGA